CUCAUCCAGUCCAUCACAGGCACCUCUGUCUCGCAGAACGUCGUCAUCGCUAUGUCAGGCAUCUCCAAGGUGUUUGUGGGGGAGGUGGUGGAGGCAGCACUGGACGUGUGUGAGAAGUGGGGGGAGCUGCCCCCUCUGCAGCCCAAGCACAUGCGCGAGGCCGUGCGCAGGCUCAAGUCACGAGGGCAGAUCCCCAACUCCAAGUACAAGAAGAUCAUCUUCCACUGA